AUGCGUUUCUCCGCCAUCCUCGCCCUCGCCGCCUCCAUCGGCUUCGCCGUGGCCACCCCCUCUCCCGCUACGCCCGCCCCCGCCGCUCACGGCGGGAACGAUGAAGCGGUGCUCCACACCGAGUCCGGGUGCGGCUCGUCGGGCCCCCUGGGCACCGGCCACUUCGUGUGGUUCAUCGACGUGUCCUGCAGCCCUGGAGCCACGCUGACGUGCCAGGCAACCGACUCGACUGGAUGCCUCCCCGGCAACCCGGACCACAUCGGUUCCAUGGAGGUCGACGACCCGAACGACACCGUCCAGUUCGCCAAGAAGUCGAACACGAACUCGGUGACGUUCGUGUGCCCCUCGGCUGGCCAGGUUCGCUGCCAGGCCAACUUCAACGACAACGACGAUGGCCCUGGCUACAGCCUCCGUGAUAAACACAACUACCACAAAGCGCUAGCAGCACAUCUCGCCGGGGAAGAUACCGAAGGACGGGUGUGUGCCGACGGUGCACUCUCCGUGCUGGUGCCUCUCCUCGACCUAGACGGGAUGCAUUCGGCUACUGGCGUUCUCUCGGACACGCGGAUGCAUGUCAACAUGAGGGCAAACUGCGUUGCCGCCUACGCGUACCUCAGCAAGUUCAACGCCACUCCGGAGCAGGUCAGCGCUGCCGAGCUCGAUGCCCAGCGGCUAUCCCUGCCUGACGGCGGGCGGCGCGCUCCCGAUGCUGUGGAUAGCAUACUCCACGCGAUCGACUACGCCAACCAGGCCGCGCGCAUGCAGUUCAUCAGCAACAUAGUCCUUCACGUCGGCGCUACGUUCCGCGACCUUACUGAGCAACUCGGUCUGGACGUGUGGAGCUUCAAGCAGUAUGCACCGCUCUGGCAAGCGGUUGAGCGGCACGAGUGCAAGCUCUUUGAUGACAAGCACUCACAGGAGCCGCUCAAGAAGUUCGUAGUGCCACCUUGCGCGGCGCCGGGAUGCUUCGGCUGCCUCGAAGGGGAGGAUCAGUGGGAUUUCUGCCGAGGGAACUGCGCAUGGAUCGACAAGCCGUGGUAUUGCAGCUCGACGUGUCGCGCGGAGGAAUGGGAGAACCACCGCGCGUCCUGCAAGCCACCUCGGGCAAGCUCGCCUGUCAAGCUGCCGUCUUCCGUUACGCUGGAUUGGAAAGUGCGCGAUCUUUUGAUCCGCAAGCUUGUGCCGAACGGACCAGUCGAGCAGCUCGAGAUCGUGCCGGAGGAUGUGAAUGCCCUCGAUGCGAGGAACGGAGAUGUAGUCCGGGCGUGGGACAUGCCAUCCCCGUAUGUGGAGGGCGAGACGGUAAACCAUCUCGCCGGAAGAUCCACAUACGGACGGCCGUGCAUCGACGGCGCGCUUUGGGAGCUCGCGCCUCUCCUUGCCUUCCGCAUUGGUGUGAAGAACUCGGCAGGCCCCCCUCCUGACAUCACGGAUGCAGACUUCCUCAUGAAGGCUUACUCGAUCGCCUCAUAUGCGUACCAAUUGAAGUACCACUGGCAGGUCACUCCAGAGAGGCAACGGGCUGCCGAGGAAGACGCCGAGAGCUACCCUCUACCCGCCGGCCUGCGUGUCGACGACGCUACGGUGGACUGCCUCGUCCGCGCGGCCGACUACGCCAACAUGGCCGCAUGCAUGCAGUUCGUCAGCCCGGCAGUGCUCUACGCUGCCGUGAUGUUCCGCGACCUCGCCGAGUACCUGGGCCUAAACGUCUGGAAAGGCAUCAAACGGUAUGCUCCGCUCUUGUUCGCGCUCGAAUGGGCCGACUGGCACAAGUACGAGGCACAAUCUUUAGUGUGGAAGAGGUUGAACUCCAGGGAGUUUGUACCAGCACAGGCCGUCUGCCUGGCCCCCGACUGUAACCAGUCCCCCGAGAGGGAAAAGGACCGACAGUGGUGCCGAGGAUACUGUAGCAGGUACAUGAAGCCAUGGUAUUGUAGCGAGAAGUGUCGCAAAAAGGAUUGGGAGAAUCACCUCCAGUACUGCAUGCCGCAUCGGCUUCACGCCGCCUUCACGCCCCCGUUCUUCGUGACGGCGGAUGAGCACACACGCGCUCUCCUUCUUUGUGACAAACUCUACCCGGCGGACGUGUCAGAAGUGACCCAGAUCGAGAUCGUUCCAGACGAGGUGAACGAGCUGGACGCGAGGAACGGCCGUGUACAGCAGGAAUGGAUACUGCCGUCGCCGUAUGUCGAGGGAACGAUGAUCCUCCACCAACUCAUCGACAUGGACUCUUUACCCAACCUGGUUACUGCGGAUAGAGCAUGCAUGCAAGAUUAUCGUGCCUUACGCGCGCGCGGCGGUGACAGGGAGCAACCGCUGGAUCGACCUCACGCCACUGGUGCGCAGAAAGAAUAUGUUCCGCAGCACGAGAUUGAGGCACAAAUCACGAUCGAGCACGCUCUCCGACUUCUCAGUACGGAGGACUCACAAGGAAUGAUAUGUUCGAACGCCGCUGUGUACAUCCUCAAGCCUCUAUUGUACCACCGGAUCGAAGACUAUCUCUCAGCCUCCAACACGCAGCGCGCCUUCCCCGUUCGUCUCUGCAUGCAAGCGCAUUCCCUUGUCGCGUACGCCCACUACAAGACGUAUCUCUUGACGCCCAAGGCUCUCAGAGAAGCCACGAUCCGCGCGGUCAAUCACCGCCGCGAGACUUUCGACGGUAUUGUGUGCCCAGGCGACCCGCUGCAGGCCAUUAUUCUUGCUGCGAAACACGCAUCAAUUGCUGCGUCCAUGCAGUUCCUCAGCCCCGUGGUAUUCAUCGUCGGAUUUGCGCUCCGCGAUCUCGCCGAGCGCCUGGAGCUGGACGUCUGGCAUUUCAAGUCGUAUGCGCCGUUGUGGCGCGCGCUCGAGCGGUUUGAGCUUGCUCAAUUCGAAGAGAAGUACCUUCCUGGAGGGCGCAAUGGGCAGACUAUGGUCCUUCCAGGACAGACGAUAUGUGCGGCGCGGGGCUGCAUGAACUCGGAGGGGCUGACACCGUGCAGCGGCAACUGCGCGUGGCAGUGGAAGCCGUGGUACUGCAGCAUAGCGUGUCAGAGAAAGCACUGGGAGUCGGAGGGCCACUGUGACUCGUGCAGGCCGCCGCCGAUGUGCGCCCCCUCCCCGUUACCCCCGGCUAUAACGUUGGACGAGCGCACGCGUUACACGUUGCUCCAGGAGCUUACGCCUACUUGUACUAUCAAUGCCGUCGAGAUCGUCUCCGAGGAUGAAAACCCCGUUGACCCCAGGAACGGCGCCAUUGGCUUCUCCUGGAUGGUGCCUUCUCCGUAUGUGCUGGGCGAGACGGCGCAGUUUGUCGUGCGAAAAUACUAUGUAUAA